AGUCAACAUUCAACAAUAAAACUCAAGAAACAUUGCAGAGGUUUCAUCUCAAUGGGCUCUCCUGUCUAUUUCUCCACAUAAACCUCAGAUAGUGGGUUGUAAUUAAAAUUGGAGAAAUUUGAUUUAAAUUACUUGGAAAGAUUGAAAAAGAUAAGAACAAUAAAAGGAAGAGGGAGGAGGGAUGGUGCUGGUUUUAGCAUUGGGUGAUCUUCACAUCCCCCACAGGGCACCUGAUCUGCCUACAAAGUUCAAGUCUAUGCUAGUACCUGGAAAGAUCCAGCAUAUAAUCUGUACUGGCAAUUUAUGUAUUAAAGAGGUUCAUGACUACUUGAAGACCAUCUGUCCUGACCUGCACAUCACUAGAGGUGAAUAUGACGAGGAAACACGCUACCCAGAGACCAAAACUCUAACCAUUGGUCAAUUUAAACUUGGAAUAUGCCAUGGCCACCAGGUUAUUCCAUGGGGGGACCUGGACUCACUGGCCAUGCUUCAGAGACAGCUGGAUGUUGAUAUUCUUGUGACUGGUCAUACACAUCAGUUCACAGCAUAUAAACAUGAGGCUGGGGUGGUAAUAAACCCAGGAUCUGCCACUGGUGCCUACAGUAGCAUCACCUAUGAUGUCAAUCCUAGCUUUGUGCUGAUGGACAUCGAUGGCCUUCGUGUUGUUGUCUAUGUUUAUGAACUAAUUGAUGGAGAGGUAAAAGUUGAUAAGAUCGAUUUCAAGAAAACAACAGCAUCUGCAAACUCGGCUCACUGAUGACAUGAUGCUGCUGUUUUGGACUACAUAAAUUUGUUCAAGCUUAGCGGUCCAUUUGCUUGUGUGUAUGUUUGAGCUUUAGCUUUACUUCAAUGUGGAUUUUCGUGCGUGCCCUCUUCCUUUUUCUUACUUUUCAUUAUACCUUAGUUCGUCCGAUGAUAUUUUGAGAGGCUGUAAUUAGAUGAUAAAAGGAAUGAGGCUUUAUUGGAUGGUUUAUUCAUUCAUUUAUGAUCCUUUAUGACGCUAACUCCCCAUUCUA